AUGGCUCUUCAGCUCUUGCUGUGGCUCCUCCUUGUGGAAGAGGAGAGGGCUCAGGCAGGUCUGAGAGUCAAGCUGCUUGAUGGCAUCAGUGUGGAUUUCCAGUUUCAUAUGGCAGUGUUCGGCUUUGAUCUAACCAGAGCCUUCACCUUGUCAGAUGGAGCAUCCUUUUAUGGUGAGAGCUACGUGGGGCUCAGCAUCACAGAAGUUUCCUCUGAAUUGUCGCUUCAGUUGAGAUUUCAAACGAGCAAGUCACAAGGCUUGCUGUUUCUUGCAGCUGGGAAAAUUGACUAUUGCCUAAUAGAACUUCUGUCAGGAAUAUUACAGGUGAAAAUAAGCGUGGGCCCGGGUGAGCAGCUCCUUCUUUCUGAGCAAAGACUUCGUGUGGACAAUUUGGUUUGGCAUUCAGUGGAACUGUACUAUGGCAAGGAUAAGGUUUUCUUGGUUGUUGACAAGCAUUAUGAGACAACUAGCCAACUGGAUGGGGGGAUGCAUAACUUCACAUUUCACCAUGGAAUCUAUGUGGGAGGUCGUGGGGGACUCAAUGUUCCUUACUUAGACAGAAGGACCCCCAACUUCCGAGGAUGCAUAGAGGGUGUGCUGUUUAACCAGAGGGAGGUCCUUACAUCCCUUAGGUCUUUCCCUGGUUUCAAGAAGGUUUAUGAGGUGUCACUGGGAUGUAAUGAUGAGUUUUUUGCUGGGAAGAAUGAAGCUAUUAGCUUUUUCAGCUCUAGGUCCUAUGUCACCUUUCCAGAAUGGAGGGUACAGGGGGAAGGGACACUGAGAUUUGCUGUGCAAACUGGAACCCAACAAGCCUUGCUUUCAUUUCAGUCAGGUAGAGGAAGAGAUUUUGUUGCCUUGGAAAUACAUGAGGGUCUACUGAAGGCUCAUGUAGGAAGGGGGGAGACAAAAACUCAACUUUCAUCUUUCCGCUUGGUUAGUGACAACAAGUGGCACAUUGUUCAACUCAGAGUCACGAGGAGGCAUCUGGACCUCAUGGUAGAUGAACAAGGGGUGAGAGCCACGCUGCCUCUGCAAAGCCAAGCGUUUGUUUCUGAAGGCCCCCUGUUUGUGGGAGGCCUGAAUCACCGGAUGUGGGAAACAGUGCGGGGGUUAGAACUUGUGUCUGUGCCUGGGAAAUCUGUUCGAGGCAUCUCUCUAAAAGGAUGCCUGAGAGCCUUGGAAGCAAACUUGGAAAAGAGAGCAUUAAAGGAUGCGCUUGUUUCCAAAGAUGUUUCUGCUGGGUGCACAAAUGACAGUGUCCACGAUACAGAUCCUUCUGUGACAAUGGAAGACCUGUUUCAGCCAGAGCCAUCCCCUUCCAUUGCAGUUCCCAGUGACAGCUCUCUUCUGAAAAAUCAAAGUGGCAGCUUUUUGGUUUUGAAUAAGUUGGAAGUCCAAGAAGGUGGACGGGCCUUACUGGGACAGAGGCAUAUAAAAGUGAAUAUGGACUUUACGGGACUGGGUAUCAACUAUUCCCAGAUACUAUUUAAAAUACAGGAAAUGCCAACUCAUGGUUUCCUUCAAAUAGAUGUUCGGUCUGCACAAGAAAUGGAGAGGACUUUUACUAUGUUAGAUUUGAGGCGUGGGAAAGUGUGGUAUAUCCACGAUGGCUCGGAAGAGCCUACAGACUCUUUUACAUUUGGGGUUUUUUCUAGCAGCAAGAGGGCAAUACCAUCCCAGUUGCAGGAUCCCACUCCAAAUGUUUUUAACAUUAUUGUCAUUCCAGUGAAUGACCCCCCAUACCUUAAGCUCCCAGAAGGACACUUGCUUCUCUUCGAGAACUCUAAGAAACAACUGACUCCCAAUGUGUUACAGGUGUCAGACCCUGACACCGACUCUCAGCAUCUCAGACUUUUGGUUCUUAGCAAUUUCAAUGCAGAUGUUGGGUUUUUAGAAAGUGCCAACAACCCUGGGAGAGCCAUCAAUGGUUUUACACAGGUGGAUUUACAACAUGGCAAUAUUUUCUACGUGCACAAGGGUAAUCGAAACUCUCGGAUUGUGCUGAGAGCAACAGACGGUGAGCUGGUUAGCAAUACUGUGGUGUUACGGGUCAUGGCUGUUCCUUGGGACUUUGAAGUGGCAGGUAGGAGUGACAUGGUGGUACAACAGGGUGGAACAGUCCUGAUCACGCAGAGUGACUUGUCAGUGAAGGUGAAUGGUGAACAACAUGACAUGGACACUCUCUAUGAGAUCACUCGUCCACCUCAGUUUGGCCAAAUUCAGCAUCUGGGAUCCAACGGGGAAUGGGAACAAGUUAGUACCUUUUCUCAACGUUCCAUUGACUGGGGUUGGAUCCGAUACUAUAGUUCUUUCAAAGAACAGCAGCAAGGAAAUGUUACAGAUCACUUUAAAUUUAAAGUGAUCAUAGAAGGGAGAGAAAGCAAAGAGCUCCUGUUUCCUGUCACCGUUCAGCUGCUGAAAUUGACACUUCUAAAAAAUAUUCCUCUAGAGAUUAGGAAGGAAAACAAGAAAGUAUUGGAUUCUGGCCAUCUGCAGGCUGCAACAGAGAAUGUGGAGGUAGCUGAGCAGGAACUAUAUUUCAAGUUACUGAGCCCACCUAAGAAAGGAAACUUGCUACUCGGCAAUGAAGUUCUUCAAACAAGUUCAAUUUUCAGUCAAAAAAACAUUACAGACUCCAAAGUAAGCUAUGAGCCUCAGGGGAGAUCCAGGGAAGACUCACAGGAUGCUUUUAGUUUUUCAAUUAUUGUAAAACACAUAGAAUCAAAAGAUUAUACUUUCAGGAUAAACCUUAAAGCAGAUAAAACUCACAUCAUUUUAACCAACACUGGGUUGUUUGUAAAAGAAGGAGAAUGGACAUUAAUCACAAAAUCAGAAUUAUUUGUUCAAACAUCAGACAAUCGUGUCUUCCAAUAUGAAGUCACAAAGAGUCCUCAGCAUGGGAAACUGAAAUUAGUCAGUUCUUCAGCUUCUCUGGGAAGUGACAGUAGCAUCAAUGGGUUCACAGAUGAAGACAUAGUGGGUGGAAAGCUGAUAUAUGUUCACGAUGACUCUGAGACCCAGUGUGAUGAAUUCAUUGUUUUGGCCUCUGCCACAGAUCUGGGUCAACAGGGAGGGGUCAGAAGUCUUGACUCUGAAUACACAUCUACAGAAAUCAAAGUCAGCAUUUCUAUUGAGUUGAAGAAUGAUGAGAAGCCAGUACGAGUGGUUGAUAAGGUAUUUCAUGUUGUGCGGGGCAGCCAGCGCUUACUGACACUAGCAGACCUCUGUUACCAUGACCCUGACUUAAAUUUUGAUGAUGGGCAGUUGCUCUACACUCGGCGUGGCAUACCAAAUGGAGAUUUGGUGAAAGCCAGUGACCCGUCUCAGAAGCUCUACCAGUUCAGACAAGAGGACCUACAGGAAGGGCGUGUGCUCUUCAGGCAUCAUGGUCCAGACUCUGCCCGAUUCCUGCUGUUUGUGACAGAUGGUGUCCAUUACACGUCAUCCCUUUUCGAAGUCAGUGUGUCAGAGGCCUAUGUCCACAUAGUCAACAACACAGGGCUGCUUGUGUCCAGAGGGAGGGACAGCUGCUUCACAACAGCCAACCUGAGCAUCACCACAAACCAAGAUGUCAGAACAGACCAUGAGUUUGAAUUCCACAUCUUGCAACCCCCCAAACAUGGCAGAAUCCUGGUCAACAAUUCUGUGUUUCACUCAUUUUCCCAGCAUGACCUGAAGCAGGGAUAUGUGAUUUAUAGGCAUAAUGGCGAUGGGAACUUCGAUAUGUUUAACUUGACAGCGAAAGUUAAAGAUACCUACUUAGAUGUGAGCAUUUGUGUCCAAGUGUCCUUGGAGAGUCACCAACAGUACACUCAGAUUCUGUACAGCAGGAGCAUUACAGUUGAAGAAGGAAAACCAGUAAAACUGAGAAGUGGAAAGCUCCAGGCUGGGAAUGAAGACAAUAUCUCUUCAGAGACAGUGUUCACAGUCAGGACUCCACCAAAGCAUGGAUACCUCCAAAAAUCUACCACAGAAGACGGCAGUGUGGGCACAGAUGGGAAGUCCCCUCUGAGCUUCACAUGGAAGGAUAUUGAUGAUGGCAAUGUCCUUUAUGUACAAACAGCUCCUGGCCAACAAAAGGAUCAGUUCACCUUAGAUGUGAACAAGGACUCCCACUUUGUAAGGAGAGUGGAAAUACAUUUGGAUAUCGUUCCUAAGUGGAUACCACUGGAGGUACAGAAUUUCACAGUUCAGGAAGGGGGCUCCAAGGCACUUCUACCAGACCACCUCAGAAUUCCAAGCAAGUAUUUUGAGAGUGUUGACUGCGAAUUUGUUCUCCUCGAGCCACCAAAGCAUGGUUACAUUGAAAGUUCCAAUUUUCCAAGAGUAAAACUAAGAAAAUUUUCCAGGAAACAG